CCUCAGCAUAUCAAUAUCAUAUCAUAAUUGUAAUAAAUCUUAAUAGUCUAUCAUUAGGUUAUUCCAAUUUUCUGGAAAGACUUUAUGAUCAGACGUAAACUAUUAGAUAGGUUUUUCCAUAGAAAAGUGGAAAGACCUAAUUAGACCGAAGUAUAUACCGAAAUAAUGUUGAUCCGUAACAGUAUUUUUAAAUUCUUUAAAUGUAGGUUGAAAAUCUCAAAGAAAAACAUUAAAGUACUUAUAUCAAUAUUGAUAUACAUUUACGGAAAGUCUCGGUCCCGAAUGUUGACACCGACAAUUAUAGUUACAAUGAAGGGGUCGUCUCAAAAUAAUACAAGGUAUUAAACAUCAGCUGUUCGAGGUAAAAUGUGCAAAUAACAGAUAACCAUAUUUUACACAACGAUUUAUUUUGUGUUCUGUUUAUCGAUCCUGGAACAAGUUUCUGCAAUUGGUCUGAGUUUUUAUCUUGGGUGCCUCUUGAAAGUACCCCUCACUUUAUUUUUAAGUCACCAAUGGUAUGUUUGACAAGAAUUUUAUUUUUCUGCAAUGUUUAUUAAAUUUUACCCUUUCGUUUCUCGUGAUCAGGUUUUAUGUUGAUUUACUUUUGCGCAAAUUGCGUAAUUACAAGAUGCCGAUUAUGAUAACAGUUAUCCAUUAAAGAAUGUUCUGAAUCAAUUGUUGCAGAAACUCCGAUGAAUCAGGAGGGUGAAAAAUUCAAACAGAAAAAAUCUCUAGAAACAUUUGUUUUGUAACAGGAUCCAUUGUUAUCUUCAACAUUAUUAUAGAAAUCAACUUUCGAAUAGAUGAGCAUAUACAUGUUCUUGUGUUUUGAAAUACAAUUCUGGAGACCUGAACCCUUUUUAUAUAACGGGGAUGACAAUUAGGCGAAGCCUUUUCCAUUCAACUAAAAUUUACUAUAGUCUACGUGAUAUCGGCAUAAAUUGUAAAAAGGUUUUUUAGCAACUUAGACAAAUGAAACAUCAAACAUUAAAUAUUUAUUCCAUAAUUAUUUUAUCUAAGAAUUGUAAAAGAAUAUUGAUAUUUUCAAUGUGCAAACGUUUUUGAUUAAAAGAUUGAGAUGACAAGAUUUUUUUUAUCGAGGAUAAGUUUAUAUAUUUUUUUAUAAGACUUUUGCAUAAAUGAAGGUGAAAAAACCACUCAUAAGAACAAAUCACUUGUGCAUGAGCAUGAAGGCAUAUCCGAUUGAAAUGUGAUGUUACGAAACUCUUGGUUACAGUUUUUAUUCUUAUUGUCGGCGGAGAAAAUUUUGCCCCGUUUAUGGACUAAUAAUGCAUCUAGUAAGCCUUCUAAAUAAUUUUUUGAGAUGACCCCUGUAUUUUUUGGUGUCAGUCGGAACCGAUACUUUUUGUAAAUGUCUAAUAUUGGGGUUCAUACAUGUAUUUAACUGUUAGGUAUUUAAAAAUUAAAACACAUUCAUAAGAAUAGUCAUUCACACAAGAAUCAGAAGACAAAGAUAGUGAUUUUAUCUCAUCUAAUAAACAUUUGAAACAUGGACGCACCACCAUCUUAUAACUCUUUAUAUGGUAAAAUUUUUGAGGCAAAGGUUACUUCGGAUGGGAAUGUCGAUUUCGCACGUAAAUCAAUAGGAAUUGUGUGUAAUUCGGUGAUUGCCACAGUUUUCCUAGUUGUGUCAAUAACAGUGCCAAUAGCAGCCAUAGUAAUAGGAGGACUAUACCUACAUGACUGUCCAAAACAGAAAUAUAUUCCUAUAUACCUCAUCGUAUUUGGCGCUUUUUCUAUUGUGAAAGCUUUGUCGAGUUUGAGGGACAAGUGUAAAGCCAGUAACAAUGCUGGAGAACAGGAAGAAAACAAACCUAAAGGUGCAUGUGAUGCAAUCAUUGGUUUGUUUCUAUGUAUAUGGUUUAUGCUAGGAAGUGUCUGGGUUUAUACGACGUAUAAACACUUCUCCACAGAUGAAUCGAGUGACGAAUACUGUCAACCAACAUUAUUUUCUUUCUCCUUUUGGUUAAUUACUGGUCAAUUCAUAGUUAUUGGACUUUUAUCUCUCCUCUGCUGUGGAUGUUGUAUUUCAAUGGUAUGCUGUAGUGCUAAAAAUCAAUCAUACGGAUCAUUUAGUGAAUAUGGUGUAUAAGAAACGUUAUGUGAUAAUAUUUUGCAUUAUUGACACUGUGUUUAAAGCAUAAGAAUUACACGAGAGAUGUAUUUUUCAUAAAGAAGUAUUAGUCAGAUUAUGUUCAUCAUUAGAAGAGGAUUGAAUUCUAUCUUACAGUGGACAUAUUAAUUUCAUAUGAAACUUGUGACUGGUGAAAAAUAAUGUUUAUCCAAUUCUUGAGCCAAUGCAUGUAUAAAUCAUUAACUUAGUCUUCUGUGCACGAUUUUAUCAUUUAUUACGCAAAUGUAUGGUAUAGUCGUCAUUUUUUUUUCUCUCUCUGUUUUUUUAUGAUGUGAAUAUAUGGCUGUUCAUUUCUUGUCGCGUUUGAAGCCAAUGUUUAUCGAUUGUCACCUAAAGGUAAACAAUCAACAAAGAAUCAUUGAUAUUGAGCACGUGUUUAACAUGUACAAUCCGAUAAAAGUUUAUUCCAGUGACAGUUCCAUACUUAUUGUGAUCACUGGAUUUUUACGAAAAGGGUCACACUAAGGUCACUGUACACACGGAAAAUAUGUCGACGAAUUGCUGCCUGGAAACUCGCAAUUAAAAAAGUAAUCUUCUUCUAAAUGUCCCUAGCGGGGCUUCGUAGUUUCGUUUUAGUAUUUUAUAUUUAAAGUAAUAAACGUUUUAACAGCA